AGGUUGCAUGGAUCCUCAGGAGAGUCAACAAUACUGCGCCAAGCUUUGUAUGCGAUGUCUCGACUAGAGUCUUGGUCGCGCUUAUGUAGCCCUGCGUCGCCAGUGUAUGGUGCCGAUCUGGAUAAGACCCCUUCAAGUUGACGGUGAGUCGCAUCCACAAUUCGUCAAUCAGACCAGUUCGCGCUGCUAGUAGACGGCUCAAGGAGUCUUCCCGCACAGUUAGUGAUCUCUGUGCCUCAAAGGGCAGAUCGUGAGACGGCCCAUGUCUGGAGAAGCCUGUAUCUUUGCCUUACCUGCUAACGAUCAGGUACGAGUGGACAUAGAUACACGCAAUCGUGGAAAACACAUGAACUGACCGUCGAUACGUCAUGCAUCUCAGUAUCCUUGAACGCAAAUACUUCGUUCUUGCUGAUCAGGGAUAUAAGACAUGGCGUAUACGGGGUCAAGCCAGCGGUCCUCCCUUCACACAUGUCUGCUAACGCCCCUACUUCACCUUUCCCCGCGCCCGUUGGCGGCGUUCUUUUACCUGAGGAUUUUGCGCCUUCUCUACUAUUCGGCAUCCUCUACUUGCUUCUGAUCCCGUUCAUCGCCCUUCGUUUCAUUUCAAAGUCUUCGCGCACCAUGGUCAUCAUGGGUGUCGCUCUGACGACCAUUGUGCGCGUGCUGAACUUUGCCUUCCGCAUGGCGCAGUCCAAGGAUCCCUCUCUACGCGCGUCGAUUACCAUCACGAUCUGGCUCCAAGGAUCGUACUCUGCGACGUUCAUCGCCCUGGCAAACGAUGUCAUUCACAUCGGACGUGCAUACCUCGUCGGGACUACCCGGGCCAGGGAACCAGAGGAUCCCGCCGAUGACAGUGCCCUAGAAAUCCCCGUACCAGCUGCGAGCGAUGGCCAGCAGGUGCUUGGCGACUCAAUACAUCUGGAGGACCGCGGGUUCCCAGAUGUGGCGAGCAAGUCAUCGUCGAAACAGAAGAUCGACAUCAAGGAAGUGGAGGUGGAGGUCACCAUUGGUGACAUGAGUAGCCUGCGAGACGAACCCAACUUGCGAGACGAACCUAAACGACGACGCUACAUCCGCAUCCUAUGUAUCAUCUUCACUACGCUUCUCAUCAUCUGCAGCAUCAUGUGGGCAGUCUCUGGGGGAAUAUACUACGGGUCAAUGCUGAACCUGGCAUCCGACGCGAUGAUUACCCAGGUAACGAGCAUGAUCGAAACCGUCAUUCCUUUGCUCGUGUUGCAGUCCAUGAACGUCCUCUUGCUCUUCGCCUGGAUAACACGCCCGAGGCGGGUAUGCCGCAAUCGCAUACUCUAUCUCUGCCUCAUCUGCUGCAUCCUCACGAUCCCCAUUGUGUACCGUCUCACUAUCUCGUCGGUCAUGACUACCUCCUGGGAACCCGACGCCCCGGACUCGCUCAACAGCCACACACAAAAGGCGUUAUUCUACAGCCUGCAUAUCGUCCCAGAGCUACUCGCGGCUGUGCUGCUGCUCCGCAUCAACAUCAGAAUAGUCUAUAACACGGGCUUGGGAGGGGACUGGGGUAUGAGGGAUAAGAAGUGAGAUUGAUGCGUUAUCUGUAGACCUGGGUAUGGAGUUUCAAGGACACCUAUUUGUGCAUUAGAUCAACCGGCGCAAGGUCAUUAGAUGUAGAUAUAGAUGUGACGUCGUUAAAAAUUACUCAUUACAUAGAUAUCUUGUUGGGAGCCGGAGCAUCCCGUUGCUGUCUUCUGUGCCUUUUUCAGAACCAUCCCUUUGACUUGGAGAGCGUCGACCGCAGGAGCGAUGUACGGGUCCC